GGAAUUAAGCGGCGGUCAGCGACUGGUGUCUGGAACGAAAUAUCAGUAAUCUACAGCAGAACCCAUGCCUCGAUGCCGGCUGCGUCGUUUGCUGUGCUUCUGUGUGUGCCUGCCCUGCCUUCUGGUGGGGAACCUCUUCAUCUACGUCACAGUGUCGGUCUGCAUGUCCAUGUCCAUGUUCCGGCCCCCGCAACAGCUCCCUGACCUCUUCAUUGCCCCUGGUGCCUCUGAAACGGAGGCGCAGGGGCGCCACCCCGUCAAGCCCUUCUGGGACCUCCAGCCGGGGGGCGGUGCUCUGUGGAACCGGCUGCAGCUGGAGUGGGACCGCAAACACAAUCCCAUCCUCGGAGGAACGGAGCCCCGGGCAGAGGGUGGGGGCGAGGGCUGGGUCGCUUCCCCGGUGGGGCCUGACUGCCACUGGGACCGGAGCCUGGCGUCAGGCAUGCCAGACUUCGGCAACCUGCCGGGGCAUAUCCAGGAGUUUGUGUUCUCCAUGCACUGCAGGGAGUACCCGCUGCUGACUGACCAGCCUGGGACCUGCGGCACCACAGGCCAGGAGGCACCCAUGCUGCUGCUGGCCAUCAAAUCUGAGGAGGGGAACUUCGAGAACCGGCAGGCCAUCCGGCAGACGUGGGGGCAGACAGGCUGGGUGAGGGGUCUGGAGGGGGAGGGGGGAGAGGUGCGGAGGGUCUUCCUCCUGGCCAAACAGGACUCGGCAACGGGUCCGUACGCAGACGUGGCCGAGCUCCUGGAGCUGGAGAAGGUGCGCUACCAGGACAUCCUCCAAUGGGACUUUAAGGACACCUUCUACAACCUGACUCUGAAGGAUGUGCUCUUCCUGCGGUGGUUUUCCAACCGCUGCCCCCGUGCCCGCUUCGUCUUCAAGGGUGAUGACGAUGUGUUUGUGCGUACGCCGGUGCUCCUUGACUUCCUGGCAGAGCAGGAGGUGGGACAGCGGCCAGGGCGGGAGAUGAGGGACUUCUUCGUGGGCGACGUAAUUGGCAAUGCGGUUCCUCUCCGGCAGGCCUCCACUAAAUACUACAUCCCUGAGAGCUUCUACAAGGGCCAGUACCCCUGGUAUGCGGGCGGGGGAGGGGUGGUGUACUCUGGAGCCAUGGCUCUGCGUCUGAGGCAGGUUUCUGAGAGGGUGCGCCUGUUCCCCAUUGACGAUGUCUACAUGGGUAUGUGCCUGCGGCGCCUGGGCCUCUCCCCCAUCCACCACCAUGGCUUCCUCACCUUCGACUUCCAGGGGGAGGACGGAGACAAGCCCUGUGCCUACCACUCCAUCCUGCUGGUGCACAAACGGGGCCCCAAAGAUAUGCUUCGCCUGUGGGAGGUGCUCAAGAUGCCACGUCCUGACUGUGCCAACCACACCAAGGCUUUGCUCAGGGUGGACCUUCCAGUGAAGGCCACAUUGGAAGGGUCAGGCCAUUGAAGGCAGAGACAAUGCAGACACAUUUAUGCACAGACAGUGGUGGCCCUCAAGCCCUAACACACAUGCAACAUGCAACACAACAAACAACAAGCCAGCUCCCGAGUGGCUCAGCUGGUAAACUCACUCAUUCUGAGUGUAGACUGAAUGCUAAGGCCCAGGUUCAAACCUGACCGUGUCACUAGCCAACAGUGACUGGGAGCUCGC